AUGGCACAAGCAGCACAAAAGCUGAUCGCGAAAGUACCAACUCUGCUCGGCGCCGCUGUCACCUACUCUAAACCUCGACUUGCUACUUUCUGGCAUUACGCUCGUGUUGAGCUGGUUCCCCCAUCACCUGCAGAGAUCCCUAAAGCCAUUGAAGGAGCAUCCAACCUCAUCAAGGGUUUUCAAUCAGGACGCCUGGGUCAAACCACAGUUAGGGAUGCCUUCAGAAAUGGACUGGUGGCUACAGAAGUGCUGAUGUGGUUCUACAUUGGAGAGUGCAUUGGAAAAGGGGGGCUUGUUGGCUACGAUGUUUAA